CUUCCAUCUCUACGAGACACGCACACUAGCAAAAAAAAACCCAACAUAAAAAACCUAUCGCCCUCUCACAAAAAAUUAAAAAAAGCCCGCGGAUAUUAUGCACAACAAUAUUCCUAAGGAUGACGACCUAAGCCGUAAUCAUAUUUUCUUGACGCCUAACGGCGACUAUAGCCGCCAUUUGAUUCGGCUGUGCGAACGAUGCGUGCAACAUGAGAAGAAAGUGCUGUUGCUGACACAACGGAAAAUGUCGAGCAUUUAUCUUGAGAAACCGCGUUCGCUUCAACAACUGCAGCAUUGGCUGCACAUCACAUUCAAGGACAUUGAGAGCGCCCCGCGUCGUCUUAUUGAGCUCGUCGAUUGUGCGCCGCGUCCCCAUUUGAUUGUCUUCGACAUGCAUUCGAUAAUCGCUGAACUUAUCUGUCGACCCGUGUUGCAGCAAUGUUCACGUGAAACGCUGGUGCGUCUCAUUGCCAAAUGUGCCGCCGCCUUUUGUAACUACCGCGAAAUGUUGCGCAUGUCUGCCAAGCCGGAGCAACAGGAGCAGCAUCGUUUGGACACCAUUGUCAUUAUGCCCAGCGAAACAUAUCCAUUGUCGGCAGCGCAAUUCAAGCUGCUGAUUGGCCUCUAUUUCUAUGGCAACAAGUUGUUCACCAAUUUCACGGAGCUCGCAGAGCGCAUUCGAGUCUCGCAAGGAUUGCGUUAAGUGCCUGUCCAUUAACUGCUAGUUGCACCUAAGCUAGCAUUGCAAAAUUGGAUAUAAAAAGAAAAACAGAAUGUUCCUCGCAUAAAUUUCCCUUGGAUAUAGAAAUUUAUGUUGCAAUUUGUGGCAAAUUUUUGUAAAAUAUUUAAUUUUCUUGCAACUUAUUGAUGCAAAAGUUUAUUGUGAAAUUUGAUGAAAAGUUUUGUGAACCUCAUUUGCAACUCUUUGAUAUAGAACUGUAUAUUGCCAACUCUUGUAAAAUAAUUUAGCUUUAACUCUUCGAUAUUAACAUUAAUGUCGCAAUUUUUUGCUAUUUGUAGCAAGCAUUUAUGUUUCCAUCAAUUGGAACUUAAUUUAGUUGCAAAAAGUAGACCUGCAUGGCAUCCAUGCUAUAAAUAUUUAACUUUCCAUCAUUUUUUUCUUUAUGUUCAAUGUAAUUAAAACUAAAUCUCUGAAAGUUGUGUUAUAAAUUAA